ACGCACUUCAUUAGUUAAGGGAGUGUUUCACUUUUUUGCUAGUGUUUUGGACUUGUCGCUGUCAGCUCACUCAGGAGAGAAGUCACAUAUUGUGUACGCAGAGUGCGAUCAUAAGACGCGCCAAUGGAUGCCACGCCAUCCCCUCCGCUCUUCAGCUUCAGGCCAGGUUGGAAAACACUCUAUGAAAGCAGCAUGAGCGGAAAAGUUCAGAGAAAAGUUAAGAUAGAGGGGAGAGAACUUUUACAGCCGCCCUUGGAGGUCUUCACGUCGGAGGAAUUGCAGAUACUUAAUAUGAGCCCCGAGAGGGAAAGCUGCCUAUCAUAUCACAUGAACUUUGUCCCAAAGCAGAUUGCGCACUUAAAUCAUUUGACAGUCUUGUACAUGGACACCAACGGCCUGGAAGAAAUCCCACCAGAGAUUGGGACCUUGAAUCGCCUCCUCAGACUCACCCUGAGUAAUAAUUCCCUGAGCUCCUUGCCUGCCGAACUCGCAGACCUCCAGGGCCUACGGAGCUUACACCUUGCCAAUAACCAUUUCUCAUCCUUUCCCGCCGUCGUUUGCCAGCUGUCCAGCCUGACUUUUCUGGAUGUCAGCGACAAUCAGAUUGAGGCCAUCCCACCCAGCAUUAAGCAGCUGAAAAAUCUGCAGACGUUCUUGUUGGCCCUAAAUUGCGUUGAGCGGCUGCCUGAGGAAUUCUGCUCCCUGACAAAGUUGUCUUGCCUGUGGCUUGGACACAACAAGUUGAAGGAACUUCCGGCCAAUUUUGGAAACCUGGCUUUGCUGGACUGGGAAUACAAUCAUUGCUCUUACAACUUGGAGGGCAAUCCUCUCUGUCGCCCUCCGAUAGAUGUUUGUAGCAGGGGGCCAAAGGAAAUCGAAGCAUAUUUUGCAUCCUGUUAAUAAAUACAGGGGACCAUCAUCCAAUGUGCAGCGGGCCAAAAUGUGCGGCUGGUUCCACCUGUGUCAGAAGAUUACACAUUAUGUUUUCAAAAUGAUAAUUAGUUUCUGUGUUUUUAUGCAUUGUCAGAUGUGUGAAACAUUUGCAUAGAACCUGCUAAGAGGAAAGGAUUAAAUUCUUUGAAGUGGAAA